AUGGUCGCCCUCCAGACGAGGUCUUGCUGCCGCAGCGCUCGGGACGCUCGCGGCCGCCUUCCAAAGGGCCCUGGACUUCCCUUGGGCGCAGCCGAGCGUGGUGUACGGACACCGCUUCAAGCCCCGGCAGCUACCGGAGGGCCUCAGGUAUUGCCCCGAUUUCAUCAGCGAGGUGGAAGAGCGGGAACUGGACGAAGUGCUGUCCAACGGACCGUGGUUGAGGCACAUCAAAAGCCGGGCGCAGCAGUUUUUCGGCCUGGUCUACUACCAGACCACCCAGAAGAUCCCAGCCCUGCAGCCCUCCGAGACAUCCGCACAUCGCGAGGCUCGUCCCAUGGAGGAGCUGCCCGACUGGCUGCUGCAGCGCGUGCUCGCCACCGGUGCCUUCCCGCGGGAGGGCGAAAUCAACCAGGUGGCAGCCAACGAGUACUUGGACAGAGCAGGCAUCUCCUCCCACGUAGAAGAGCCCACAGCCUUCGGCGCGAACCUUGCCACGCUCUCGAUGCUCUCACCGGUGCAGAUGACGCUAACUCCCGCAGAAGAGGAUCUGCACGGACGGGAUGGCCUGGAUCAUGGAAACUGGGAGCCUCCUGCUGCUUCAAGGCCGCCCCAGGUGAAAGUCGCUACGAAUACCGCCACGGCAUUCGCCGCUCGAAGCUGGUCCAGCUCGCGGACGGCCAAGUCCUGCGAAGAGAUGAAGGUUACCGUCGCGUGUCGCUCACCUUUCGCGAGCUACUCGAGAGCCGAAGACAGCUCUGCCAGACGGACGCUGAUGUCGCGGAAGUCGGUUGGCUUUCGCGCGCGAAAAAAGAGCUGGACUCACAUCGUUUCAGCUAUGUCGCCUCGGCUGAGCCAUCAAUCGGCAUGCUUGCAUCUGGAAGCCGGGGAGUUUACGUGGCUCAAGACGCGGAUCAGCUUGUGUCAGGACCAGCCGAGGCAGAUCUGGGCUUCAGGUACUCGUCCGACAGGUCCCGGCCCACAUCCAGGCACAAUGCCGAGGCCGCUGGCUUCGGCCGCCACGUCGCCCUGUGCGGGCCUGGCGCCCUCCUCGAGCUGAAGCCGCCGAGGACGUCGGACACUACGAAGCCAGGUGCAUGGUCAGCCAAAGCAAGCACAAAGUUGCCGCGACCAGAAGAGGUGCCGGCCUUUGUGAUCCCACGCACGGCGGAGGACAAGCUCCAGGUGGAGGCAGAGGCCGCCGCUUUGGCUUUGCUCCGCGGCGCUGGGAGCGAGGUGGGCGUCAGUCAGCAAGCGGCUCGCCGCGACUCCUCCAGCCGGUCUGGAAGAGCGACCCUGAAGCAGCUUGCGAAGGCGACGGCCACAGGUGUGGCAUGUGAUCCCUCCACGGUCUCCCGCGCCCAGGGCCUCAGAUGCUGA